UCCUCGAGCAAAGCAGACCACUAGACGGAUUCCAGAAGACAAUGAACAUCAGCCAGAGCACAUCAGGUAUGGCCUCCAUACCUUCUCCUCUUCUGGACUGUGGGAUAGACCUUGACGCCAUCAACAUUGUGGUUAGAUACUCCUACUUUGUUUUGUUUGUUCCUUCGUUUCUGCUCAACAUCAUGGCAGCCUGGAUCUCCUGGAACAUCAACACCAAGUCCUCCUUCAUCGUGUACCUGAAGAACCUGGUUGCAGCCGACCUUCUCAUGACCCUGCUGAUGCCACUCAGGGGCGCUGACAAACUUCCUGGGUCAUCGCUGGCACUGCGGGCGUUUAACUGCAAGUUUGGAAGUGUGUUUUUCUACCUCUGCAUGUACGUCAGCAUUGUCCUGAUGGGAGUCAUCAGCCUGGACCGCUUCUUCAAGAUCGUCCAGCCCGGUGGGAAGCUGCUCGGCCAAAGCGCUCGAUUUGGGAAGGUGGUUUCCGCAGUGGUCUGGAUAUUCCUGCUCGUCACAACGACCAUACCCACCAUUGCCCUCACCAACGAAAAGCCAGGGAACAACAUCACUUCUGCUGAGCUGUGUAUGGCCAUGAAGAGCAGUCGCGGGAAAGCCCUGCAUCAUGGAGUCAUCAUGUUCUGCAAUGUGAUUUUCCUUGUCGUCUUGGUGGUGAUUGCGUUCUGCUACACGUGCAUUGCGAAGCGGGUCAUCGACUCUUAUCGAAACUCGGGUAGCAAGAACGUUGAGGGGAAAAGGAAAAUCAAAGCCCGGGUGUUCAUCGUGUUGGUGGUCUUCCUGGUGUGUUUUGCUCCUUACCACAUCACCCGUUUCCUUUAUGUCAAAAAGCAGGUGGAGAACAAGAUCAACUGCAAGUGGGCCGCACUCAAAGCUGCCAAAGGAUUCACCCUGUUGCUCUCCAUCACCAAUGUGUGUCAGGAUCCACUCAUCUACUUCUUACUGUGCAAAGCCUUUCGGAAGAAACUAUACGAGAUCAAACAGUUUAGAAAGUGGUUCAAGCCCACGUCCCAGGUCAGCAGUGAGGACACCUCUUUUUGAAAAAAAGUGGAAUUGACUGAUCUCUGGUUAUUGAUCUCUUGUGUUGCAGUGCUUG